UUAUCGACAAGUCUCGGUCACACUGUUUGUAUCGCGGUUUUUCGGUCCGAGAAAAUAAAUAUAAAUUAAAAAAUCCGCGGACUAGCACAAUGGCAGCCCAGACCAUACUGUUCGACUUCACGCUGGAUAGUGCCAAGACGGCCGACGAGAAGCAACGCCAGGAUGUGGCCAAGAUACUGCGGAAUGAGCUGGAGCACGUCUUCCCCCAGCUAGAACUGGUCUAUAGCAUGGAGUCGCCGGAAAACGGCUACUUUUCGGUGCUGCACGAGAACAAGGCGACGAUUAUCACUUGCCGCAUCUUCCAGCACGGCCUGCUGACCGUCAAUGUGGAGUACUUCCUGCCCGCUGGCAAGGAGCCCAUCAUGUCCUUCGACGGCUUGGUGCAUGGCAAGAGCUUGGAAAAUGCCUUGGCCGUAAAACUGAAGGCCAUUAGGGGACAGAAGCUGCCCGCCCUGAGGCGCGGUGAUGUCCCUAGGUACUUUCCAUCGUCAGAUGAGCGCAUCAUUGAGUACGAUAUCGACAAGCUUGUUUACGAGGAGCGUUCGCCUUUCCAGAAGAUUCAAAUCUUGCACUCAAAGACCCUGGGCAACAUGCUGCUGUUGGACGAGCUUCAGAAUAUUGCCGAGUCCGAUCUGAUCUAUACGGAAACCCUGAUGGGUCGUGGCAUUGAGAACUAUGAGGGCAAGGAGAUCUGCAUACUGGGUGGCGGGGACGGCGCCCUGCUGUACGAGCUGCUCAAGGAGAACCCCAAGCAUGUGGUGAUGCUGGAGAUCGACGAGCUGGUUAUGCAGGCCUGCAACAAGUAUCUCAACUCGAUUUGUGGCGAUGUUCUGGAGAAGCGCAGGAGCGACCAGUACGAAAUCGUUGUGGGCGACUGUGUGGAGUACUUGAAGAAGUUCAUUGCCGAGGGCCGCAAGUUUGAUUAUGUUUUUGGUGACCUCACCGACAUACCCAUAACGGGGGAACCUGUCGGCGUCGACUGGGACUUUAUCCGGACCAUUUUCGAGCACUCGUUCAAGGUGCUGAAGCCCGAUGGCAAGUUCUUGACCCACGGCAAUGGCACCAGCUGCACUGAAUCUCUGGAACUGUUCGAGGAACAGCUGGCCCUGCUCAAGCCGAAGGUUAAGUACACCACGUCGAAGGCAUUCGUUCCGUCAUUCAUGGAAGAGUGGCUCUUCUAUCAAGUGACUUUCGCUUGACCAGCUCAAGGCGAACGACCGGCAGAGCGACGACUAGGGGGCAACGGAGACCAGCUACAAUUACCAGCACCAGCAACUACCAUAAAGACGGAUAAUACCACAAUGUGUCUCCGGAAUGUUACUUCCAGCACACCAUCAAUACCAGCAGCAGCAUCACCACACCACAACGACCAGAGCGGGCCCAGAACCAGAACGGAGCUUGAACUAGGGGAGUCGCUCAUCAAGCUGCACUCGUACACAGUCACUCUGCAUGGAGCAGCAGAAGCCGAAGUCAAGCAGGAGCUGCCCAAGCUACGGCAGCGUCGUCGCCAGCUACGUGUGCACUAUCACCAUUCUCUGGUUUCUUAGUGGACUCCAAUGUCAUCGCCAUCCGCAUCGCAGCAUAGCUCAAGGCAGAACCCCCCCUCAAAACGCACUUCCAAUGGCUGUUACUUACAAAUGAAAACAAAACCAAAUAUUUAUCCAAUUCGUUUACGUUUAAGUUAGAAGCUAUGUAGUUCUGUUCUCGUUCACUGAUUAUUUCACUAACUAAAUUUAA